AAUACUCUCUGCAAUUUAAUUUGCUGAGUGAAAUUUCAAAAUUCCCUCCUCCAACUCGUCACGUUUCCGCUUCUUCUAGGGUUUCCUUUCCCGAUGAAGCGUGACUAUUGCGAGAUCUCCGACGACGAAUGGCCGGAAGACAAUUCCUUCAAUCCUUCUCGCGUCCUCAAACUCAACAAGCCUUCUUCUCCUCCUCCUCCUAUCGAGUCCUUCGCGUACUCCAAGAGCAACAAUCACGACACCUCAAAACCCUCCAAUUUCGUCGAACUGGUGGAUAGCUCGUCGGAGGAAAUUGGAGUCAGAAAUGUGACGGAGAAUUUGGAGGACGAUGAUGCUGAGAUUGUGUCCACAGUGAACCAGACGACGACCAGCCGUGGCCGCCGGAGAUUCGUGGUGGAUGAUGAAGAUGAAGGAUUGAACUCGAAUAUAGACGAGCAGGAUAUUGAGGUUUUCGAGGAGAUUGAGGCUUUCGAGGAGAGUGAAGAGGAGGAUGAUGUUGUAGGGAAAGCACUGCAAAAAUGUGGGAAAAUAUCUACGGAGCUUAAGAGAGAGCUUUUUGGUACGGCAGCUGCUAAGUUUGAUUCCUACGCUCAAGUGGAGGAGGCUUCAUCACUGAGAAUCGUGACUCAGGAUGAUAUAGACAUGGCAUGCGGAGAAGGAGAUUUGGAAUUUAAGCCAAUACUGAAACCUUACCAACUUGUUGGAGUCAAUUUCCUCCUUUUGCUGUAUAGAAAGAAGAUCGGGGGAGCUAUACUGGCUGAUGAAAUGGGUCUUGGUAAGACAAUUCAGGCAAUCACAUACUUAACAGUGCUGAAACAUUUGGAAGAUGAUCCUGGUCCACAUUUAAUCGUUUGUCCUGCCUCUGUUUUGGAGAACUGGAAAAGAGAGCUAAAAAGGUGGUGUCCAGAAUUUGCUGUGAUCCAGUAUCAUGGUGCUGCACGAUCAACUUACUCAAAAAACUUGAGUUCUCUGGCUAGGACUGGACUGCCACCUCCAUUUAACGUUAUCCUAGUGUGCUACUCACUGUUUGAACGACACAGUGCUCAGCAGAAAGACGAUCGCAAAAUUCUGAAGCGUUGGCGUUGGAGCUGUGUGCUAAUGGAUGAGGCUCAUGCUUUGAAGGAUAAAAGUAGCUAUAGGUGGAAAAAUUUAAUGUCUGUGGCACGUAAUGCCAACCAGCGACUAAUGCUCACUGGCACGCCACUACAGAAUGAUUUGCAUGAACUUUGGUCAAUUCUGGAGUUUAUGAUGCCUGAUCUAUUUGAAACAGGAGAUGUUGACCUGAAAAAACUAUUGAAUGCAGAAGAUAAGGAGUUAAUUGCUCGAAUAAAGUCCAUUCUUGGACCUUUCAUUUUGAGAAGAUUAAAAUCGGACGUGAUGACACAACUGGUACCAAAAAUACAGAUGGUUCGUUAUGUUGGCAUGGAGAAAGAUCAAGAAGAGGCAUAUAAAGAAGCGAUUGAAAGCUAUCGUGCUGCAUCUCUAGCUCGUGUUUCAAAGCAACCUGAAAUUAGUUUCAAUAGUGCUGCUGGUGUCUUUUCUAGACGACAAAUUUCCAAUUAUUUUCUUGAAUUUCGCAAGAUUGCAAACCAUCCUCUGCUUGUCAGGCGUAUUUAUACAGAUGAUGAUAUUGUUCGAAUUGCUAGAGUUAUGCAUCCCAAAGGUGUCUUUGGUUUUGAAUGUACAGUUGAAAGAGUGAUUGAGGAGCUGAGGAGCUAUAAUGACUUCUCCAUCCACAAGCUUUUACUUUAUUAUGGCGAUAAUAAUAAGGGAGUGCUGUCAGAUGAACAUGUUAUGGUUUCAGCGAAAUGCCAGGAAUUAGCCAAACUUCUCCCUUCAUUGAAGCUUUGUGGUCAUCGAGUGCUUAUUUUUAGCCAGUGGACAUCAAUGCUUGAUAUCCUGGAGUGGACCCUAGAUGUUAUUGGAGUUACAUACAGGCGCCUGGACGGAAGCACUCAGGUAUCAGAGAGACAGACAAUUGUUGACACCUUCAAUAAGGACACUUCCAUAUUCGCAUGCUUGCUCUCCACAAGGGCAGGAGGACAGGGUUUAAACUUGACAGGAGCUGAUACUGUUAUCAUACAUGACAUGGAUUUUAAUCCACAGAUAGAUCGGCAAGCUGAAGAUCGCUGCCACCGGAUAGGCCAAAACAAACCAGUUACAGUAUACAGGCUGGUUACAAGGAAUACUGUUGAUGAGAAUGUAUAUGAAAUUGCAAAGAGAAAACUAACAUUGGAUGCAGCUAUACUCGAGUCUGGUGCCCAAAUUGAGAAUGACGGUGAUACAAAAACUAUGGGUGAGAUAUUAUCGUCUCUUCUACUUGGUUAAGCACCCUGUUCUGGCAUGAGAUUCACACCAAUAUCAAUUUUGGUCUAUUGACUUCUUUUUUUGUUUUUCCAUUUUCCCUUCACCGUCCGGAAUCUUUGAGGGUGAGGAAUGGAGGUAGGGAUUGAGGUAGGAUCCGUCCAUACUCAUCUUUCCCUGUUACUCAUAAAAUACCAUGUACACUUAUUAUUACAAGGCCUCCCCCUGGAAACAGAAAAUUGAGCCAAACCUGCGCCCCUGUUGUAUUCUACUAGAAUAGAUCGACCCCAGCUUAUAAAAAUGUUAUACCGUGUACAGGAAAAUCUUGUCAUAGGGCAAGGUUUUCUUUUUCUUUUUAUUGUAGUUUUGGUCAUUCACUUCUGCUU